AUGCCCUUGCUCAAGUUAAGUGACGAGGAGCGCAAAGCUGCGGUGGCUGCGGCCUCUGCUGAUUUGAAAUUUCACCUGGCCGAAAAGAACGUACCAGCAGAGGUGCAAGAUGCUAUCUUCCACAAAGGCUUCAUCAACCUUCAGCUAUUCGCUGGCUUGGAUGAAACGCGGGCUGAAGUUCGCAAAGCGGUGAUCGCAGAAGUCGGCCUUGACCCGGAAGAUGGUGCGGCUGCGCGGGUGGCUAUGGCUAGCCUUCUGGCAGCAUGGGAGUCUGCGAGACUGCAGGCUUCCACGGAGGAGAAGCUGAAAGUGGAGAGCCGCUUGGGACAGGCACAGCGUGUCCUUCAGCUGUCAGAAAUGGCGGCGAUGAGGAAAGCGGUAGAAGCUGACUUGGGUCCGCUCAGAGACAGCGAGGUUCCAGCCAAAUCGCUGGUGGCGACAAAGUUGGAGCAACUAGAACAAGGAGCCUUGCAAGCUGAAGAUCUGCGAGAAGUUCUGUGUUUGGAAGACAAAGACAUUGACUUGUUCAGCAGCAUUGUUGAGCAUGGGACUGGGCAUCUGAAGAUCCGGCCUGGGACGGCCCGUGUCGCUUUGCCCAAUUGUGGCGAGGAAUUGAGGCAGCGCCAUCGCCUCAUCGCGGUUGCCUGGCUGAUGUGUCGGACAAAGCACAAGAAUGAGCCUUGCUUGACAACAGAUUUGCUGGAGGCGUUUCGUCGUUUGUCAGAUUUUGUCCUAGGCAAGCAUGUGGCCAACCUUACCUUGAUGAUGGGUGGUUCAGCGCGGCGGCCAGCAUGGAAGCUGGUUUUGUCUUUUGAGCAAGAGAUUCGCAAGAAAGCUUAUCAGCUGGUGCGUGUGAGAGAAGUAAGCACUGUGGCCAGUGCAAUUGAGGCAGCGUGCAAGUCUCCAGAGCUAUUGAACCUGCAUUUUGUCAUGCCUUUGACAACAUCGGCCGAGUUCUUUUCAUCUGCCACCAGUGAAGCCAUUGCUUUCCCACCGGGGCCACCGGUGCCAUUUCAGCGGCCGCGCAAGGGAAGUGGAAAGGGUGAAAAGGGAAGUAACCCAAGAGCUGUGAAGAAAGUCGCUCUCAAAACACGGUCUGCAGCGGGCCGCCCGAUUUGUUUCCGGUGGAACAAUGGUAAAUGCAAUGGUAAUUGUGGUUUUGAAGAUGUGUGCCAGAUUUGCGAGAGCCCUGAGCAUGGCAAGAAGCAGUGUCCUCAAAAGCCGGCCAAAGCUGGCGAGGGGUCCCGCUUGUGUGCUAAAGUCGCCUUGGUAUCAGCGCAGCAGCCUCGGUUGCACUCGCCUGCGGUUGGGACAUGGACUUCGGUGCAAGAGGCUGUAGACUGCGAUGAGAGCCAGAUGUCAGCAGCAGACAGUUGUUCUGUGUCUGCCACCCCUUGUGCGGUUUCAGGCCAAGGGGACCCAGUUGAGUGGGCGCCAGCUGGCGGCCUGCCCGGAGGAGUGGGGCACCCGUCAGCUGAUGCACCUCCUGGGCAAGCUGACAAGAAUGAGGAGGUGUCUUCAGAUGAGGAUGAAGAUGGGAUAGCCAAGCCACGGCUGGGUUCAGGCAACUGGGGUAGUGGCCCGCCUUUGUCUUCUUCUUUAAUGGGGAAGACGCGUCCAUUUGUGGAUGGCGCUGGGCUCUGCUCACCUGGUCGUUGGUGCCCUAGCGACCGCCGCGCCGCCCCACAAGAGGCUCAAUUGUGCAUGGCAGAUCAGUGUUUCAAGAAUUUGCAGAAGCUUUUGCGAGAACGGAUAGAUGCGCGCAAGUUGCUAUAUGAACUGGCCUGUGGCAAGCAUCAGUCCUGUCCAUUUGAUGAAAAGCUCCUAGAAGAUGCAGUGCAGGCAAUCAAAAAGUCGCUCAUUUCAAAUUCUGCUAUGCUUGAUUUGGGCCAUGUUCCAAGUGGGCAGCCGUUUAGAUUAGCGUUGAUUGAGGAGUUUCUGCGCAUAUCAGGUGAUCCAGAUUAUCGCGCCUUUUACAGUGCAAGCAGUUCAUUUGCGAAGGGCGUGUCAAUAGGAGUGGAUCAGAGGCUCCCUAGAACACCAGCUGUUUUCCGCAGGAAAGUCAAGCACCGGGACUAUAGCGGGGAGCAAGAGCCUGACGAAGAGCCGCGCAGCAAUUAUCCGUCAGCCGAGGCAACUGGAGAAGUGCUUGAGAAACAGUUUCAGGAGGAAGAAGAGCGCGGUGCCAUGGUCAAGCUGGCUUGGGAUGAAGCCGUGGCUAGAUAUGGUUCGCGGCUGCGGGUAGCAUCCCUCGGUGCAUUGCCGAAGGGUGAAGGUGUAUACCGAGUCAUACAUGACGGGACACAUGGCACAGGGGUGAAUGGGCGCAUUCGAGUGCGAGACCAGUUGGAAUGCCCCACAGCAGGCGAUUUGCGGCAAGCAGUCAAGGAGCUGGAGCACCCCACUUUUGUGCUGGCUACAGAUGUAAGCCGAGCACACAGGCUUGUGAAAGUCAAAGAGGAUGAGUGGGGCCUACAAGCGUGCAAGACAUCGCGCAAUGCAAAGCAUGUGUGGCUGAACACGGUAGGAACCUUCGGGAUUGCCAGCAUUGCGGUGCAUUGGUCAAGAUUGCUCGGAGGAUUGCAGCGUGCUGUCUACUAUAUGCUGGGUUCUAAAGCACUCUUCAUUUUGGCGUAUGUGAUGACAUACUGUUAUCAUCUUGACAUUGCAGCAAAGAAGAUAGCAAUCAGCGCGAAGCGUGCGCGUUGGAUAGUGGAUUGGAUACAACGCACGUGUGAUGCAGAUGAGGUUUCGUUGAAGGAGUUUGCGUCAGUGCUGGGUCGUUUGAAUUUCACAUUUGCAGCAGUGGAAGCUCUUCGGCCUUUCUUGGGCCCGUUGUAUUCAUGGCAUACAGCAGUGAGUCAUUGCGAGCGCCUGAAGUUGCCAAAGGUAGUGCGUCUGGUGCUAGUUUUCUUGCAGAAGAUGCUACAGGAUGGCCAUAGGGUUCAGACCAUUGGUGUAAAAGCGCCUAGAGUGCAGGAGUUAUUCAGAACAGACGCCAAGGCCGAAGGGAAUGAAGUUUGGAUUGGUGGAUGGGCAGUGAUGGACGCCACAUGCACGAACCAAUGUAGGUGGUUCAGUGAGCGCCUGACAAGGCACAAUGCAAAGUGGGCAUUUAUUGCCGAUGAACCUUUCAGGGCUAUUGCGUCCCUUGAGUUGCUGGCGACGCUUGUGGGAUGUGUCCUGUUUGGAGUUGAGGGUAGUGAGCGCGGUGUCAUCUAUUGCUCAGCUGCGACAGACAACUUUGGCAAUGCUUGUGUACUAAACCGGUUGUUGACCACCAAGUUUCCACUCAUGGCAUUCUUGAUGGAGAUAGCAGCGCGCAUGAUACAAAGCAACGUGCAUCUUUGCUUGCAGUGGACACCACGGUUGCAGAACCGUGAAGCAGACAGCCUCACAAACGAAGACUACCGGCGGUUUGACCCGAAGCUGAGAUUGCGCUUCAGCUUGGACGAGUUUGAGGGCAUUGUGAUGAAUGACAUGCUUGAAGCAGGUGCCCAUCUCUUCAAGGAGGUGCGAGAAGGGCGCAAGAAAAUCCUAAAGAAAGCAGCGAAAAGAGCAAGGGGUGCUGGGCUGCGGGAGACU